AUGUCUAGAGAGAGCUCUUGCUACAGACCGUACCACAAACCAAAACGUCAAGGAGGAGGCGGGAGAAAGAUACCAGAUAGGUGGUUGAAUUAUGAUCCUGUAGGCCGUGAUCUGGAAGGCACUCCUUUCGUUCCAUUUAAAACACCUCUUGACAAGUCAUUUUUUGCCGGGAAGAAUGAUAUAAGUCAGGACGAACAUUUUGAUGUCGAACGAAUAAUGACCUUAGCUCGACAACAAGGAAAAACCAUAGGCCUUGUUGUCGACCUUACCAACACAGAUAGGUAUUAUAAGAAGAGUGAUUGGGACUAUUAUAACGUCAAGUACGUAAAAAUGAACUGCCCUGGACACGAAGUAAGCGAGCGCGAGGAUAUUGUCCAGAAAUUCUUGGAAACUGUUGAUGAAUUUGUGAGCGAUUCCAAUAACAAUGAAAAGUUGAUAGGAGUACAUUGUACGCAUGGACUAAACCGCACUGGUUACCUAAUUUGCCGUUACCUCAUUGAUAGGAAAGGAUGGACAGCAGCUCAUGCUAUAUCACUGUUCGAAUUCUCUCGUGGACAUCCCAUUGAACGAGGACAUUACAAGAAGAGUCUCUACGAAGCAGAACAACGGAUAAAAGAGACCGUUCCGGCAAAAGUAAGAAAAAACGAUGAGGAGAGGAAAGUUUCAUAA